AUGGUAACCGAUUAUGUUCCGGUGUUCAGAGAUCGAUUAUGUCGACCUUUGGUUGAGCGAGAAAACGAUGGAAUAAGCGAUGUGAUUGCGAUGUAUGAAGAGUACGAUUUCACACGCGAAGAUUCUGAAGCAAUUGCUGAGUUGGCUGUAUGGCCUGGAAUGAAGGACCCCGGUGCGAAAAUACAGUCAAAGGUGAAAGCGGCCUUAACUCGAGCGCUCAAUAAGGAGCAUCGUUUACUGCCGUAUGCAGUUGAUGAGGUUUCAAAAGGACGUCGGAAGGGAGCUGUUGAUGCGGUGGGCGUUGAAAUGGAACUCGAUGAGGAAGGGAAUUUGAUUGAAGUGGGUGCGAAUGACGAUGAUCCGAAUGAGGUGUCGGACGAUAAUGACGAAGAUGUAGGUGCGCAGUCAUCACAAUCGAAGGCGUCAACGAAGACUUCAGGCCGAUCAGCAAGAGGGGGUCGAGGUGGGAACGCUGUUGCCAAAACGACGGGCAGAGGUGCGGCGAGCUCUGGUCGAGGACGAGGCCGGGGUCGUGGUGCGAAAUCAUAA